AUGCGCGCCGCCCUCCGCCUCCUCGCGAGCGUCAAGCCCGUAGCAGGCCGCUAUCUCGAAGCCGGCGCCCCAACCGGCCUCACAGGGCUCCGCACGAACCCGUCCCCCCGCGCGACCCUGCUCUACCUGUACGCCAGCACCCUCGAGAAGCUCCAGGCCGUCCCCGAGUCCUCCGUCUACCGGCAGUCCGUCGAGGCCGUGACCAAGCACCGCAUGGGGCUCGUCGAGGCGGCCAAGCCAGCGGGCUACGACGAGUGGCGGACCAGGGCGCUGGCGAUCCUGGACAAGCACCCUGCGCACUUUGACGCCGUGUCGCGGCCGCUGGCCGACGGGAGCAGGGCCGCCGGCGUGGACAGGGCCGGCAAGUUCUUUGUGCUGCGGGAGGCGAAGCCCGAUGUGGAUGUCAGGUAUGAGGAGUGGGACGGCGAGAAGGCACCUGGCGAGCCGCUCGAGGGCCCCAGGACCGUUGCCGAGAGGGCGGGCGAGUUCUCUGUGGAGGACCCUUUUGAGGGCGAGGAUGUCGAGUGGGAGAACGAGCCCAAGUUGACGGCUGCUCAGGUCGAGGAGCUCGAGAACAAGAUCGGUGCCGGCCUCAUCGAGGAGGUCAUCCAGGUUGCUGAGGGAGAGCUGCGGCUGGUCGACACCAUGGUCGAGGCUAAGGUAUGGGAGAGCCUUGAGGAGAAGCCAAGGGAAGGACAAUGGGUUUACUUCGAGAGGAAGGACUAG